AUGGCAUCCGCCGACCAAACCACGGCCGAGUGCAGAGAGCUUGCUGCCAUCAUGAAGGCGAGCAAUGAGAAGGUACGAGCAGAGGCUCAAUUGGGCAAGCCCCUCACACAGAAGUCGAUGGAAGUGGUCAAGAAAGCGGCCGCUCAUGACUUUUGCAACAGCACAAGACACUCCGUCGAAGAUUUCUACAGAAAGGUCCCAAGACACUCCGUCGAAGAUUUCUACAGAAAGGUCCGUGCAGUCGCUGGGGAGGCUCGGAGUGGCUAUGCGGACCUAUUUGAGUACAUGAGCGAAAAGGAAUUCGCCGACAUUGUGUUCUUCGAUGGCUGCUACCUGUUGGAGUUCGUAGCGCUUAUGACUGGCAAUUGCAUGCCUUCUUCGUCCAUCUUCAUGAGCUUCAGCACCUUCCGCGGCUCACAGAUCAGGAAGGACAUCUUGUUGCUCGAGAACCAGAUUCCGUGGGUGGUGCUGGAGGCCCUCAUGAGUUUGCGACGUGUGUGGAUCCACUGGUUUGCCCGAGCAAUUGUCUCUUCCUUGGAGAUGGAGUCGCCUCCCCAGUUCGACGAGGGCGCCGUCAGCGGUUAUAAGCCCUGCCACCUACUAGACCUCGUGCGCGAGAGUUACCUAGGCCCCAGCAUUGAGUCAAAACCCAGUGGGUUAACUCGUUUCUCGCUCUUCAGCUCUGCCAUGGAGCUCACAGAGAUCGGGGUUCGGUUCCGCGCCAGUGAUAUGUCCCGGUUCCGGGACAUUACCUUCCGCAGCGGCUUGCUCUUCGGGUGGCUGUCCCUUCCGCCGAUCCAAAUCGAUGAUGCGACCCAGACCGUAAUAUCGAACAUGGUGGCGUUCGAGACUUGCGCCGUCGGUGUGACCGACUACGGGGUCGGCUCUUACCUCUCUCUGCUCGCCCUCCUCUUGAGCAGCGAGGAGGACGUGAAGGAGCUGAGAUUGAAGAAGAUAUUUAGCGACGUGAGCGACGGGCAGGCUCUGGCCUUCUUGAAGUCCCUCAACCCACACCUGGGGAAGGGCACAAGCUUCAUGCAGGUGCUGCAGACAUAUCUGAUAGGUGUUAACAAAAAAAUUGAUCGACUAGGAAACGGCCUAGGAUUUGUCUUAACACUCCUCACUCGCGUGCACGGUGAGUAUCAAAUGAACCAUGCCAAAAGGUCUGAGAUAAUGGAAAAUACAAUGGAAUAA